AUGAAGACGUUGGCCGGCGCCAUAAUACUAUGCAUCAUGCUCGUCAUAAUUUCCGGAUGUUCAAUGAAUCCGGAUGCGAAAAGGCUGUACGACGACCUUUUAUCAAAUUACAACAAACUCGUAAGGCCUGUGCUCAACAACACUGAUCCGCUACCAGUACGGAUUAAGCUCAAACUAUCACAGCUCAUCGACAUUAAUCUAAAAAACCAAAUUAUGACGACGAACUUAUGGGUGGAACAGUAUUGGUAUGACUAUAAGUUGACGUGGAAUCCUGAGGAAUACGGUGGUGUCGAAGGGUUACACGUACCGUCUGAACACGUCUGGAGGCCAGAUAUUGUUCUUUAUAACAAUGCUGACGGCAAUUUCGAAGUAACUUUGGCCACUAAGGCUAUGCUCCACUAUAGUGGUCGGGUCGAGUGGAAACCUCCAGCUAUUUACAAGUCUUCCUGUGAAAUAGAUGUAGAAUUUUUCCCGUUUGAUGAACAGACGUGUGUGAUGAAAUUUGGCUCAUGGACCUACGACGGUUUUCAGACAGAUACACCAAAUCAGAGCAUCGGCGUUGGAAUGUCUUAA